UGCUGCAAUAUAAAGUACUUAUAGCUUCUAAUCUGGUCCAAACUCUUUUCAUAUAUUUGGAUGCUAGCUAGAAAAGCUGUUAUUCAAAAUAUAACUCUAGUGGUUCAGCUUUAGAGAGACAUGGAGGAGAUCAAUCAGCAGGAACCCAAAUCAAUGGAGAGAUGUCACAUUAUUGCAGUGCCUUUUCCAGCAAGAGGACUUAUCAAUCCGAUGAUGAAUUUUUGUAAACAUUUAGCUCAUAAAUUAGGUGAUAAUGUUAAAAUCACUUUUGUAGUCACUGAAGAGUGGUUUGGCAUCCUUGAUCUAGCUCCAAUACCGCCUCAAAUUCAUCUCCAGUCAAUUCCCAAUGUGAUUCCUUCGGAGUUUGUAAGGUCAUCAACAUUAGACUUUGAGACUUUCCUUGCAAUCGUAGUUGCAGAGAUGCAAGCUCCAUUCGAGAACGUUAUGAAUACAUCUGAACCGGUGACUGUUAUUAUAGCGGAUUUCAGCUUGAUAUGGGCACUUUCAAUCGGCAAUAGAAGGAAUAUUCCGGUAGUUUCGUUCUGGACGGCUUCAUCAUUUAUGUUCUCCGUGUUGUCUCAUGCUGACCUUCUAACUAAGAAUGGGCAUAGCCUUGAUCACUCAUCAGAUUGCGAUGAUGAGGUGAUAAAUUACAUUCCUGGAGUGUCGCCAACAAGAUUGACAGAUAUGCCAUUGUUGCCCCGAGGAAAUGACCCCAAAUUCAACCCAGAGAUGGUAGCCUUCACUUUGUUGGAUAAAGUCCAAUGUCUUAUUAUUCCUACUUUUUACGAGCUUGAACCUCAAGUCACAGACACUCUAAAGGAAAUAUUUCGAUUCCCAGUUUACACGAUUGGCCCUUCCAUAUCUAACCUCGACACUACCAUUAAUCAGCAUCAUCAAAUUCAUGAUAAGAAAAAAGAAUCAGCUACAAUUAAGUAUACAAACAGCGAGGAACUUUAUUACUUAAAAUGGUUAGAUUCCCAGCCUAUAAACUCCGUCAUGUAUAUCGCAUUUGGCAGUACUGUUUCAAUUUCAGGAGAACAAAUGGAGGAGAUAUUGUCUGGGUUGCAUGAAAGUGGCGUUCUGUAUUUGUUGGUUUCACGUGGUGCUGGGUAUCUUACCUCAGGUAUACAUGGCGGUGGUGGUGGCGACCGUGAUGAAAAAACUACUAGUAGUCGGAGAUUAGUAGUGCCAUGGUGUGAUCAAUUGAGGGUACUUUGUCAUUCUUCAGUUGGAGGAUUUUGGACUCAUUGUGGGUGGAAUUCGGUAAUGGAAUCGAUAUACGCCGGUGUGCCCAUGCUUACAUUUCCGAUAUAUUUUGAUCAAAUUCCAAACAGAAAACUGAUAGUAGAUGAUUUGAAAGUUGGAAUGAAAGUCAUGAAUGAGUUUGGAGCUAAAGCACUGGUCAAAAGGGGUGAAGUUGAAAAAAUCCUGAGGAAAUUCAUGAACAUAAAUGGAGAAGCAGAGGAAGAUGUUAAUAAUGAAACUAAGGAAAUGAGAAGAAGAUCAAGUGAACUCAAGGAUAUAUGUAGAAAAGCACUUGCAGAAGGUGGUUCAUCCGAUACCAACCUCAACUCUUUUAUCAAAGACAUCCUCCAUUUCAAUGGUAAUUAAUGAUGUCAUUAUUAGUCUUAUUAUGUAUGUUAUUAUUAGUCUGUUGU